GGCGCGAGGCCGUUUCCUUGGCUACGCCCCCGCGGGCGCGCGCGGAGGGGCCGGGCCGGGCCCUUCCUGCCCCGGGAGCGGCGAUGGGCCCGCAGCGGGACUAGCGGGCACCCGGCCGGCCGCCAUGGCCCUCAGCGGAGCUCCGGGCUGCCGCGCCGGGGAGCGGGGGCCCCGCUGGAGGAGGCCAUGGAAGCUCCUGGCCCUUGGCCUGCUCUCCGCCUCCUCCGUGCUGGCGGCCGCCCCGGGCGCCGGGGCCAUGAGCAGGGAGGAGAAGCGCCGGCUGGGAAAUCAAGUGCUUGAGAUGUUUGAUCAUGCAUAUAGCAAUUACAUGGAGCAUGCGUAUCCAGCUGAUGAACUCAUGCCUUUAACUUGUCGUGGACGAGUGCGGGGUCAGGAGCCAAGUCGAGGGGAUGUGGAUGAUGCCUUGGGAAAGUUUUCACUGACCUUAAUUGAUACCUUGGACACUCUUGUGGUGUUAAAUAAAACCAAAGAGUUUGAAGAGGCUGUAAAAAAAGUAAUAAAGGAUGUUAAUUUAGAUAAUGACAUAGUUGUGUCUGUCUUUGAAACCAACAUAAGAGUCCUUGGAGGUCUCCUAGGCGGGCACUCAGUGGCAAUUAUGCUGAAGGAAAAAGGUGAAUAUAUGCAGUGGUACAGUGGUGAACUCCUGCACAUGGCAAAGGAACUGGGCUACAAGCUUUUACCUGCUUUUAACACCACUAGUGGUCUCCCUUACCCAAGAGUUAACUUAAAAUUUGGUGUAAGACAUCCAGAAGCACGAACAGGAACAGAAACUGAUACCUGUACAGCUUGUGCUGGUACCUUGAUCCUUGAGUUUGCAGCUUUAAGCAGAUUCACAGGAACAUCUAUAUUUGAGGAAUAUGCCCGGAAGGCGCUGGAUUUUAUCUGGGAGAAGAGGCAGCGCAGCAGCAACUUAGUGGGGGUCACCAUAAACAUCCACACUGGAGACUGGGUCCGCAAAGAUAGUGGAGUUGGAGCAGGAAUAGAUUCAUACUAUGAAUAUUUAUUAAAAGCCUAUGUCUUGCUGGGAGAUGACAGUUUCCUGGAAAGAUUUAACACGCACUAUGAUGCCAUAAUGAGAUACAUCAGCCAGCCACCUCUUCUCCUUGAUGUGCACAUUCACAAACCAAUGCUAAAUGCUCGGACCUGGAUGGAUUCUCUGCUUGCUUUCUUCCCUGGAUUGCAGGUGUUGAAGGGUGAUAUUAGACCUGCUAUUGAAACACAUGAGAUGCUGUAUCAGGUUAUAAAAAAGCAUAACUUUCUUCCAGAGGCAUUCACAACAGACUUCAGAGUUCACUGGGCUCAGCAUCCUCUGAGGCCUGAAUUUGCUGAAAGCACCUACUUCUUAUAUAAGGCUACAGGAGACCCUUACUACCUAGAAGUAGGAAAAACCCUCAUUGAAAACUUGAACAAGUAUGCCAGAGUUCCCUGUGGGUUUGCUGCAAUGAAGGAUGUUCGUACAGGAAGUCAUGAAGACAGGAUGGACUCGUUCUUCCUGGCUGAGAUGUUUAAAUAUCUGUACCUGCUGUUUGCUGAUAAGGAGGACAUGAUUUUUGACAUUGAAGAUUAUAUCUUCACUACAGAAGCUCAUCUGUUGCCACUCUGGCUCUCUACUACAAACCAAACCAUCUCUAAAAAAAAUACAAGCACAGAGUACACAGAGCUGGAUGACAGCAACUUUGACUGGACCUGUCCGAACACCCAAAUCCUCUUCCCGAAUGACCCCAUGUUUGCCCAAAGCAUCCGCGAGCCUCUGAAGAACGUGGUGGAUAAGAGCUGUCCCCGGGGCAUUUCCAGAGCAGAAGAGAGUUUGGGAAGUGGACCAAAACCACCGUUGAGAGCCAGAGACUUCAUGGCCAGUAAUCCUGAGCACCUGGAGAUCCUGAAGAAGAUGGGAGUCAGUUUGAUCCAUCUGAAAGAUGGACGAGUACAACUAGUGCAGCACGCAGUGCAAGCAGCAAGUUCCCUGGAUGCAGAGGAUGGCUUACGGUUCAUGCAGGAAAUGAUUGAGCUCUCCAGCCAGCAGCAGAAGGAGCAGCAGCUCCCUCCUCGUGCUGUUCAGAUUGUUUCCCAUCCCUUCUUUGGCAGGGUAGUCUUGACUGCUGGGCCAGCACAGUUUGGGAUGGACUUGUCCAAACACAAAGCAGGGACAAGAGGAUUCGUUGCAACCAUUAAGCCAUAUAAUGGAUGCUCAGAGAUCACUAAUCCUGAGGCAGUGAAAGAGAAAAUUGCUUUGAUGCAGAGAGGCCAGUGCAUGUUUGCUGAAAAGGCACGAAACAUUCAGAAAGCUGGAGCAAUAGGAGGCAUUGUCAUUGAUGACAACGAGGGCAGCAGCAGUGACACAGCUCCUCUCUUCCAAAUGGCUGGGGAUGGCAAGAACACAGAUGACAUCACCAUUCCCAUGCUCUUCCUCUUCAACAAGGAAGGGAACAUCAUCCUGGAUGCCAUCCGGGAGUAUGAGGCUGUGGAGGUGCUCCUUUCUGAUAAAGCAAAAGACAGAGCAACAAUCUUUAAAGGUAAAAUGAUUCCAAACUACAUUAUUGAUAGCAACUUGGAAAUGGAGAAUAUGGACCAGAAAUCAUCUGAAAGUGAUUCACACAAACCAAAUUCCGAGGAAGCUCCUUCAGAACCUCAGGAUGCUGGAGCAGUCAGUGAGGAGCCCGAAGGAGGAGAAGAGAGCUCUGCUGUUGGUGACCCUGAUCCUUUGUCUCCUGCCAGCACAGCCAGUGCCAGUGUUCCCAUGGCAGAUGAGGAUCCCCACGCCUCUGGACCCGCAGAGGAAAGUGCUCCAGAGCCAGCAUGCACACCAGGGGACAGCCAGCCUCAGGAACAAAACACCCAGACAGAGGCCAGUUCCAAAGCUCACUGGGAUAGUAAAGUCCAGCCUAUGGAAUCCAUAUUAGCAGACUGGAAUGAAGAUAUAGAAGCGUUUGAAAUGAUGGAAAAGGAUGAGCUAUGACUUGUAAUAAUAACUUAUUUGUUAAUAAACAAAUGGAGACCUCUUUGGGUAGAAGUGAGGCCCUGAUAUCCAAGAAAACAUAUUCAGUAUUGGGAUGAGCAACCAGGUGUCACCUGGAAAACAACACAGAAUUCCAGCACAGGCUCUUUGUAUGUUUUAAUUUUUCCUGUUUAAAAAUGGGAACGUGCAAUCAAAGCAGUUGGGUGGCCCCGUGGCUGGUGCUGUGCUCCAGGUAGGGAGGAGCCUGACUCAUGCCUUCCGGGCUCUGAGGGGACUCCUGGGGCUCUGGGAAGCAGUGAGCAGGGUGGGGUGACAGACCAUGGAAUGGUUCUUGAUGGGGCACCCACCCCUCCCCAGCUGAAAGCCUUCCUUACAGCAGCAGGGGAAUUGUUUCCAGGUGUUUGCACAGCUGGAAGCAGUCUGGUUUUGUCCGACAUAUCACAGUGCUGCUCAUCACUCCUUGCACCCCUUACCACAAGGAACCACGAGGGGACCUGGGAGUUCCCCUCCUGCUCUGCUUCCAGCUGGAGGGAUUGUACCAACCAAAGGCAGAGUGGGAGCAGGUCCUGUCAGGGAGGCUGGGCCAGCCGUGGGGCCACCAGGAAAAGGUGUGGGAAGGUCCUGCUGGAGGCUGAGGGGAAGCAGGCAAGGCAGGUGUUGAGUCCCAGGUGUUUCCCUCGGCCUCCCAGAUGGAAGAACUCCAGUCUGCCCCAAAAUCUGAAACAGUCUCAGAAAGGACACAGCUCCAUCAGCUGUAACAAAACCUUUUUCUACAAGUUUGACUUCCAACAGCUUGACUUCAUUGUUCUUUUUAUAUACAACUUGUGUAUGUGGUGUUUGAGGCAGGGAGGCCAGGGCCAGUGAGGAAGAGCUACAAUUCUGGCUGUUGGGUCCAUAGUUCAGAGUCCAGGGGUGUUAUCCCAUGCUCUGGAGUUUGUUACAGGUGAGUGGGAGUCCAAAUUUGUUAUCCACAUUGUAUUUAAGUUAAAAUGGGGAAGUUUAAACAACGUAGAGGCAUUUUGACUGUGUCCAAAGAAACUGCCAAAAACUAAUUAACUUGAUUUAUAGAAACUGCUUUUAGUGACUUGUGGUUCAAAAAAUGGUUUUAUAUGAAAGAUGAAACGAACACUGCCUAUAUGCUGCACCAGGCUAAGAAUGCAGGUUUAUGUUCAUCAUUGCAAUGGAGUAAAUAAACAGGAAGCCCCACUCUGGACUGCACCUUUGAUUUAGCUGGUGAAAUUAAACGUGCUGAAUAUGCAACUGUUAAUUAGCACAGCCAUACUCUGUAUUUAUACUCUGUACAGUGAGCAGAGCAAUCCCAGGCAUGCUGGAUCCAUGUACUCGGCCACACUUGCUUUCAAAAGUCUCAGAAUGCACAGGCACCUUUUGAGAGCAUGGCAGUCCAUCUAAAUAUCAUCCAGAACUUUAAAUCACCAGGGUAGGAGGGAAUUUGAGGAGGAAUAGUGAAUAAGUGUCCUUUGAAAGCAAUUAGCUCUUAAAUGGAGUUGUCAUUCCUUUGCACAAGUAACUGUCUGGAGGCUUGGACUUGAAGCAGCUGGGGGUUUUCAGUUGGGCUUGUUUUUAUUUAUGGGUCUUGUUACAUGAGUUCAUAGAAGGUAUUUGACCAUGGGAGCCUUGUAAGUGUCCUUGGUUCCUGGGAGCCCUGGGAGUGCCAGGACACAGCCAAGUGCAGGAUCAAACCGUGAGGUGCAGAUCAAACGUCUUCGCUCGGAGAAUUCCGUUGAUCUGUCAGUGCUCAGUGCCACAAAAGGAGCAUCUUUGUUCCCAUGCUUUUUGACAUGGACAUCAUCUUCCUUUUUGGUAGCUCUUUUGGUGGAAACAGAGUUAUUUUUAUAUCCUAGAGGCCUCUGGUCAUUAUUAUCUCAAAAUAGCAGCUAAAGGUUUUCUUUUUUUACUUGCAGAUUUAGGUGUAGAUGUCAAAUUUUAUUAAAAGGUUAACUUUCCUUGCCAUCACCAGCUCAUUUUUAGUAACUGCUUUCUCCACCUGUUAUUAGAGCAGCAGGCAUUACCUUUCAGGGAUCCCAGAACUCCACAUGGAUUUAGGGGGCAGCAUUUUGGUGGUGGCCUACCUCAGAUUACUGUUGCCUCCUUCCUUUUGAAGUGGUUUUUGUUUCGUUUAGUUCUGCUUCACCUUUGCAACCAUUAUGAGAGCCAUAGCUUUGUUUACAGAACUGAAUCAGGCAAGGUUGACCUUCUGGGAAAGAGGAUUAAAUUGGGGGGACAGUUUUAUUCAGGUUAUUUUCACUUUGUAUUUCCUUAUGUGGACAUAGGCUUUAGUUUAACCUGUUCAUAUCAUCCUGGAAAGAAUUCAGUUUUCUGUUGCUAUCAUCUUAAAAAGCAAAAAGAAUGUAUUAAUCUAAAAGAAAAACCCUUUUGGAAACAGGAGAGAGUGUUCUUCCCAAAUGUUUGGGAAGUCUGCUCCCUGCAUAUUGCUCAUCAUUAAUCAGGAAUCACCCUUAGAGUAUAGCAUUGUGCAUUUCUUUGUAUGGUAUUGAACACUGAAGAAUUCAGGAAUCACAGCUGCAACUAGCACUUAUUCCACGCCAUGUAAUUCAGAUCAGCCAAUUAAUUUCUCAUUUGAUCUUAGAGGAAUCUUCUUAAUUGUUUACAUUUAUUGUUUCUUAAUGAAGUUUGAGAAUGAGCCCAGCUCUGGUUCUCCUCCUCCUGCCAGUGUCCCUGAGUAGGCACCAAUGAGUGUGUGUUGAGAGGUGAAAAACAGGACAUCUUAUGCAACAGGCAUCAGUCAGAACAUAGAAAACAAACCAUUCUGUGAAUGAAAAUUGUAUGUUCAGAUUUUAUAAGAUUUUUGGUUUGUUUUUUUUUUAGCCAGACCAAUUUACAGCCGUAUAUUUUCUUAUGGAAGAUGUCUAAUAACAGGUGCUGUAACACUAUUGUUGGGUUUUACUCUCUGGUGAUAAGUGUACCCAAUAUUUCUAAGGGCAACUACGUACUGUGAUGUAAAAGUCUGGGCUAAAAUGUACAUAAGCCGUGUACAUAAUUGUGUACUUGAUUAUAACUGCUGAUUGUAAAGAUUUAAUAAAAUGUAAAUAUUCUGGUCAA